AUGGAAGAGCGCACAGUGCACCACCUCCCUCCCCACAAGAUGAACCGCAUCGCCGUCUGGCGCGACGAGGUCGCCAUCGCCGCCGAGCCCGAGCCCAUCUCCCCCACGCCGUCCGCCCCCAGCAUGGCCGCCUCGUCAGGCUCCGGCUCCGGCUCCUCGUCAGGCGCCUCCUCUGUCCACACCCGCCCACGUCGCAGCCUGUGGCGUCGUUUGACCCGUCGCCUCUCCGGUAUGGGGGGCGCCGCCGCCAACAAGGGCCAAGGCGAGGAUGCCUGGGACCACAGCACCCGAACCGAAAUGUACCGCGAGGAGAACACGGUGCACCACCAGACCCGCGACUACGAAUAUGACCACGCACAGGAGCCGCAGAGGAGCGACCACGGCGGCGGCGGCGGCGGCCUCAAGGACAGGCUGGACAGGCUGGAGCGAGCAGCGCGCCUUCUGGGGCGUGCCGAUUGA